CUACUGGCAAAAAAACACUGUCUCGGACGUCCCUUGCAUCGCUUGCAGUGACAUGCAAAGCCUUCCACGAGCCCGCGAUGGAUUUGCUGUGGGCUGAAGUAGAUCGAUUGCAACCAUUACUAGGUUGUGUAACCAGGCUGCAUCCACUGAUAUAUCGUCGUGGCCGUGCGCCGUGGGACGACACCUGGGCAGAAGGCAUUGAACCAUUGUCUGCCAAUGAGGCCCGUGAAUUUCUGCAUCACUCUGCCCGUAUCCGUUCAUUGAACAUUCCAUCCACUGAUCGCCUCUUCCCGCUCCUCUCAGUAAUCCCCGUCGAUGCAUGCGUCUUCCCGAGGCUGCAGUCGUUAACUCUUUUCUCUGGCACGCAUUUGAGCCUAUUCCUGUCACACACCCUACGUCAUUGUGCCGUAUUUUCCGUGAAUACAGAUCUGCCCCAAUCUAUUGCGGUUCCUGAGAGCACAGCAGAUCAGCUGUCCAUUCUGUCCGAUCGCGUCCGUUUGUUCAAGCAGCUUGUAACGCUAUCCUGUCCACCGCUCGACUGGGCAGCAUGGAAGCAUCUCUCUAACCUCCCCACCCUGGUGGAAGUGGGAAUUUGUGAAGUGCGCGGUCAUGGCGCACCUCCUUGGCCGUUGGAUCGGCACAUCGUCAACUUUUCACCAUUUCUUAACCUCACAGCUCUUUCCUUCACGGUAGACAGUGCUGCAUACAUGACCACAAUCCUGCAACACUCACAAUUCCCCUCAUUGAAAAGGUUCUGGAUCAUGAUCGAAGUUGUGUCUUCGACAGAGGCUGAGCGACUCUUUCGUGCGCUGUCUCACUACAAACAGACUCUGGAACAACUUACUGUAAUCUUGAGCGAAUAUCACGACCUCCAAAACAAUUAUUUGACAGCGAUUACACAUCUCCUUUGCUUCACACAGCUCCGAUUUCUUCAGUUCGAUUGUCUUGAUUCCUCCAUCUACCUUGACAACAACCUUCUCUUGGAAGCCAUGUCAGCUUGGCCGCACAUUCACACUCUGAAAAUAGAAGACUGCGGUAUUCGUCCUUCCAUUACAUUCCGCGGAUUGUUCACAGCACUUCGUCAAUGUCCACAAUUGGAAUCGCUCCGAGUGUUGAUUGACACUGUGAACAUUGAUAUCGAUCCUAAUGCUGAGCCGAUACAACACACCUCCCUACGAACAUUGGACUUGGAAACAUUCGAGUCUCCCAUAGGAAAUGCUGAAGUUCUCGCUCGCAUCAUUUUCAAGUGGCUUCCUUGCGUCGACCAAGUUAAUAAAGUUGCGGAUGAUUGGGAGCCUUGGGAUGAAGUUAACAUGCAUCUCGUAUCUUUGAGAGCUGCUGUGCGGCGUGUUGUAGGAGGUGCCUUGAAUACCUGACUUCAAUAGGAUACGUUUACGUUCAGGAACAUCCUGGAGUUUCUACAUUCAUUCACGCCAAUUCAAUGUUCGUAUCGUUGUUGGUAUGGUUACUUUUAGCUAUGAUUGCAAUUGCUUUCUUCUUUCUGACCGUGAUAUUGCUUACAUGGGUCUUCACGCCUUCCUGUAGAAUAUCUUCAUCUGCUACGAUCUACGCCGUGCUAUGCAAUUCGAAGUCUGAUGAUACCAUGAUAGUAUGAGCUCU